AUGAAGCUUAUUAUCUUUGCGGUACUUUUGGGAGCAGUCUACUGUAUUCCUGUUGAUAACGGCGUUGAAGGGGAACCCGAGGUGGAAUGUGGCCCUACUGCUAUCACCGUCAACUUCAAUACUAGAAAUCCAUUCGAAGGACAUGUUUACGUGAAAGGACUCUACGACCAGCAGGAGUGCCGCAACGACGAUGGAGGCAGGCAGGUUGCUGGGAUAGAACUCCCUUUCGACUCCUGCAAUACCGCUAGAACAAGAUCCUUGAAUCCCCGUGGAGUGUUUGUCUCCACCACGGUGGUAAUCUCGUUCCAUCCACAAUUUGUGACCAAAGUUGACAGAGCGUACAGGAUUCAAUGCUUCUACAUGGAGUCGGAUAAGACUGUGAGCACCCAAAUUGAAGUAUCUGAUCUGACCACCGCCUUCCAAACGCAAGUUGUACCCAUGCCAAUCUGCCGUUACGAAAUCCUUGACGGAGGACCAUCUGGACAGCCUAUACAGUUCGCCACCAUCGGCCAGCAGGUAUAUCACAAAUGGACGUGCGACUCAGAAACCACCGACACAUUCUGUGCUGUAGUGCAUACCUGCACUGUCGAUGACGGCAACGGUGAUACCGUCCAGAUUCUCAAUGAAGACGGAUGCGCUCUUGACAAAUUCCUUCUCAAUAACUUGGAGUACCCAAGUGAUUUGACGGCGGGACAAGAAGCUCACGUCUAUAAAUACGCCGACAGAUCUCAGCUGUUCUAUCAAUGUCAGAUCAGCAUUUCCAUUAAGGACCCUGGAAGUGAAUGUCCUCGACCCCAAUGUCCCGAACCCACUGGAUUCGGUGCCGUCAAACAAGGAGGAACAGCACCUGCAGGCACAGCUGUAGCUCCUACAACGGCAGGAGGAGCUGCUGCUGGGGGAGCUGCUGCUGGGGGAGCUACUCCAGCUCGAACCGCUAACACCGCGGCUGCUCCGGGAUCUGCUCAACUGAGACUUUUGCGAAAAAGAGAAGCCAGCAACGAGGCUAUAUUAGACGUUCGAGCUGAAAUAAAUGCAAUUGAAAUUUCUGAUCAGGUAAAGCUACCCCUCGACCCUGACUCGCUUCCAUCUUCACUCCGUACACUAUCACCGGCAGCGCUCGUCAGCGAACGCUUUGAUGCCUCGGUGUGCCUGUCUCCACUUUCCUUCGCAGCUUUCAUUGGUCUUGGCACCCUACUGGCGACUGCCCUUUCUGCUGUCGUCUUCCAUUACGCACGACCCCACUACAAGUCAUGA